AUGGACGAAGAGAUUACCUCGUUAGCCAAUAACAAGCAACGAGUCUUCCAUCCCAUUAUCCUUUAUCAUGAUCAUCAAUACGUUGAGAACGGUUUACGUCGAUGGGGACAUGUACGAGUAGGCGAGCCUUAUUAUGGAGAGAGGAUUGAACAACGCAAGCAAGAGAUCAGCAAUAUGCUGCGACACAAUGAGCAAUUCUGGGCCAGUAUUCGAAAAGGGGUUAAUGGAAGCAUCAACAACAACAACAAUGAAAAGGAACCUUCAUCAUCAUCAUCAUCAUGGAUCAGUAUAAGCGAUGACAAUCAACGUCGUGGGGAUUAUCGCUCUUCUCGUUCUGUUACACAACAUUAUCCUUCUUCUUUCAUCAACACGGUUGCUGCUGGCUCAGUGACAGUUUCCACAGCAUCAGGAGACAAUGUAUCCAUAUCCUCAUCAUCGUCAUCUAUUCCUCCCUCACCUGUAUCACCUACACCACCAUCUAUUAUUGGCCCUAUGCAUCAUCACCAACACCCUCGCCAUCAUCAUGAAUACGUACGAAGAAGUAGUGGCACCAUCAAAAAACAUUCAUCCUCAGCCUUACCGAUGACUUCCGGCAACAUCACAUCUUCAAUGAAUCAUACGAAGAAACGACGUGGCAAUCUCCCUAAACCUGUUACGGCUAUUUUACGCGACUGGCUCGCCAAACACAAAAAACAUCCAUAUCCUACUGAAGACGAAAAGGUUGCUCUGGCUCAGCAAACCAACUUGACAAUAAAUCAAAUCAGCAACUGGUUCAUCAAUGCACGAAGGCGUAUUCUACAACCCAUGUUACAAAAGGAACACGAAGAACGCAUGAUGUACCCUACAUUAUCGAUGCAUCGGGAUGUAUCACAUGAUGACGAUGAAGAUGCUGUGGACAUGUCUUCACCUUAUGAUGAAGUUGGAUCGGCACAAACAAAAAAGCAAUGGCAAACAAAUAUGGUUUUUCGAAGACCCUCUGAUUAUGAAGCAUCCACAAGAACAGCCGAUGACAGCAAUAUCAUUACUACUACUACCGCCAGACGACGAUCUACAUUGCGUCAACGAUAA